AUGCACCGCAACACAGAGGAGUAUCCCCUCCCCCAGCCCCAUCAGCAGCAGCAGCAGGAGGAGCAGCAGCAGCAGCAGCAGCAGCAGCAGCAGCAGCAGCAGCAGCAGUAUACAGCCUGGCCUUCCCCCCCAGCUCCAUCUUUACCUCGUACUGUCUCUCGCACAGUACCCUCUUCCUGUUAUUCUUCUCUUGAGCAUUCUUCUUCAGCACCUCUCUUCAAUACUUCUUCAACAAAGAGGGGCCCCCUAGGGGGCCCCCCAGGGUCUCCUCUUGGGGGCCCCCUUGGGGGCCCCCAUCAAUCAGGGUCCCCUCUUGGGGGCCCCCUUGGGGGCCCCCUUGGGGGCCCCCAUCAAUCAGGGUCCCCUCUUGGGGGCCCCCUUGGGGGCCCCCAUCAAUCAGUAGGGGGCCCCCAAUGGGGCCCCCAAGGGGGUCCCCAGCAAUCAGGGGGGGGCCCCCGUGUGGGGUCAUUAGAGGGGGGUUGGGGCCCCCAGGGGGCCCCUGCGAAGUCUGGUUGGGGCCCCAAUGUAGUAGGCUCGUGGCGUAGUGAAGGAGACAGACAAAAUAGAGGAUAUUUCAGCAGUGAUAGGGGGGACGGGGGGGCCCCUGAGGGCCCCCUGGGGGCCCCCCUUGAGACACCCUUAAGACGUAGUUAUACAGCCGAACCCACGCAUGCAUACGAUGUCUUUUACAAACCGCAGAUGCUGCAGGAGCAACCCCAGCAGCAGCAGAAGCAGCAGCAGCAGCAGCAGCAGCAGCAAAAUGAGCAGCAACGCUGUCAGGUGUGGUUUAGGCCUAGCGACUCGGGGCAGGGUUCUUCUUCUUCCUCCUCAGCAGCAGCAGCAGCAGCAGCAGCACCAGCAGCAGCAGCAGAAGAAGCAGCAGCAGCAGCAGCAGCAGGAGACACUUCUGCAUUUGAAAGGAGAAGUAGAGAUAAGACAGAUGCUGCUGCUGUCCCUGCGCUGCUGCAUUACAGCAGCAUGUCAGCAGAUGAAGCAGCAAGACCUGAGCUGUAUGGAGACCUUCAGGUCCUCGUAGAUGUCGAUGACACCCUUCGUUCGAGUGGAGGCGUAACAUUUCUUUCUGUUAAUUUAGGAGGGGUUGAUACUCAAUAUGCACGAGGACAUUUCUACCCCGGCUGUUUUCAGUUUUUGUUUGAGUUAGCGUUUUUCUGCUGUACGCCGCCUCAAAGACCCCUUUCUCUCGCUGUUCUUACUGCGAGGAUCCCUCAGGUGCCGAUAACUUCUGAUAAUCCAAUAAACGCAAAACUGCGACUGACAGCACAAAGAAGAGGAGUCAGAGAUUGGGGAAUUGACUGCGACAACAAGACAUUCGUUCGUGCUGCUCGCCGCGCCUUUGAUUUGAAGAUGAUUGGGAAGAAAGAACUCGCAAGGGUUGUCGUGCAGGCUGUGCAUGAACUCGAAGAGCUGCGAGCGCCCGGCAUAUCGACGAAGUGGAGAGACCUCAUCUUAGAUAUCCGAAACGCUGAGCAGGUGCUGCCCUUAAAGACAGCGACGAGCCCUCCACUUGUGAAGACACGCGAGUUGUUAGAGAAGAAGGUGUUAGAAAUAAAAGCAGCAAUUCAACACAUUAAGCGGCAGCAAGCAGCAGCAGCACCUGCUGCUGCACUCGGGAGACCGCGCUCACCCUCAGAUGCAGCUGCAAAUCCUCCCGCUGCUGCAUCUGCUGCAGCAGCUGCAGCAGCAGCGGCUGGAACCACCAAAGACGCACAGCAGCAGCAGCAGAAGGAGCAGCAGAAGGAACAGCAGAAAGAGCAGCAGCGCAAGCAACAGCAGCAACAGCAGCAACAGCAGCAGGAAAGGCAGGGAUCGUCAAAGCCAGGCUUUCUUUUGCCCCCGACUGCAUCUGCUAGUGUAGAACAGCAGCAGCAGCAGCAGCAGCAGCAAAACCCUUUUGAGGGUGUCAGUGCCCUUGGAGUUGCUGUUGAUGUGUCUCCAGCUGUAGACACAGAUGACGAGCGCAACAUCUUCGACUGGCAGCAGCAGCAGCAGCAACAGCAGCAGAAGCAGCAGCAGCAGCAGCAAAGAGGCUCAUCUGUUAGGACCCCUCCAUCAACUCCGCAAGAAGUAGAACUGCUUGACCUCAGCCCACGUCCUGCCAGCCUAAGCAGCAGCAGCAGCAGCAGCAACAGCAGCAGCAGCAGCAACAGCAGCAGCAGCAGCAGCAGCAGGGAGGGGGCUGGGGAACAAGGCCUAGGACUUCAAUGGUCCGAUCGGAGCCCUUCAGAAGGGCAGCAUCAAGCUGCGGAGACACCUGAAGAAGCAGCAGCAGCAGCAGCAACUGCAGCAGAAGCAGCAGCAGCAGCAGCAGCAGGAGAGCCUGCAUGCGAUUCAGAAGACGAAGCAGCAAACCUUCACAGCCCCUGGGACGACUUUGACGAUACGCAUUAUAAUUCUGAUGAUGCAGCAGCUGCUGCUGCUGCUUCUGCUGCUGCUGCUGCUGUGGGCUCCACAGCUACACCUACUGAGGAUAGCAGCGGCAGCAGCAGUGCGUCUGAUGCAGCAGCAGCUGCAACCCCAACAACAACACCAGCACCAGCAGGGGAAGCAGCAGCAGCAACAGCAGCACCUGCUGCUGCUGCUGCUGCUGCUGCUGCUGCUAAGGAUGAGGCCCCCCCCCCUGGGGGCCCCCCAUGGUUAAGCGCGCAGCAGCAAACGACAGAGCCCCCUGACUUUCUUACCGGCGAUUUUUGA